AAUUCAAGCCGUUAAUUAUUCAUCAAGUUGAAAUUCAGAUCUCUUAUUUUCUACUGAGAUUUUAAGCCCUUUUUUUGGUGGAAUCAAAUGGCGCGUACGAAGCAAACUGCUAGGAAGUCUACCGGAGGAAAGGCACCAAGGAAGCAGUUGGCCACCAAGGCGGCUCGGAAGUCGGCGCCGGCGACCGGAGGAGUGAAGAAGCCCCACAGAUUCCGCCCUGGAACUGUUGCCCUGAGGGAAAUCAGGAAGUACCAGAAGAGCACUGAGCUCUUGAUCCGUAAGCUGCCGUUCCAGAGGCUGGUGAGAGAGAUUGCCCAGGAUUUCAAGACGGAUCUGAGGUUCCAGAGCUCCGCCGUGGCGGCGCUGCAGGAGGCUGCUGAGGCUUACCUUGUCGGACUUUUCGAGGAUACUAAUUUGUGCGCUAUUCAUGCUAAGAGGGUUACCAUAAUGCCCAAGGAUAUCCAGCUUGCCCGGAGGAUUAGGGGCGAGAGAGCUUAAGGGAUCUGUUCCGUAUUAGGGGUUUGUUACUUUGUUAUGAUUGGGAUGUUAGGGGAUUUGGUUAUUGGGAUUAAAGAUGUAAAUUUCAAGAUGGGUAUGUAUUAGUUUUUUGGAUUGCAAUGAAAGUUGAAUUAUGAAGUUAGUAUAUGCUUCCUUUUAUUAGUUUGUUUCUGUUGUCAUGGAUAAGUGUUCGAAGAAAUUGAAGGAUUUAGAUAACUGCUAUUUUAUCCCUUGAAUUGGUUUGAUGUUAUAUGGUUAAUUAGUUUCUCAUGACUUUGAGAUUGUGUUAUGGUAAAAAUACAAUGACAGUUUGCCUCAAUGUAUCAAAUAUUACAGUAAGGUAGUUUGUGAAUUUUUUGGUGGUAUCUGAGGC